UGUGGGGGAAGGCCGACCAAUGGCAGCCCUGAGAUGUAUACAUACGUAGACAUUUUCAGCCAAUCAUAAUUAAUGUCGUGUGUAUAAAAGUGGAGUUGUUGAUCCUGGGAACAUUGUGCUCUACUCCUUGCCACAGUGACAACACCUAGCCAGCUAUGAGAACUAUCUCCACCCUGACCCUAGUGCUGGUGGCGGCGUCUGCCUGGGCCCAGUACCACAUAAGGCGUGAUGGUACACCUAUAAUAUUCGGGGGGUCGGGUGACGCUACCAUGGCGGCGUCCCCCGGGCUCCUUGUGGUGGCGCCCCGUCAAGAGGGCUCCCCUCAACCUCCCCAACCUGCUCCUCGGCCCCAACCUCAACCACCGGUACCAGCCCAAGAUGUCUUGCCUCAACGGUUCCAGCUUUCCGGAGAGGCUGCUCCACUUAAUCCAUUCCAGGCUUCCCUCUGUGACGCUAAGAAACCUCUGGUUGACGAGGUAGAGUCCGGGAGGGCGUACCACCUGUCGUGGUGUCACGACUCUGGGCGGACCUACACCUGGGAACAAGCGUCGCGUUACUGUGCUGCUCUGGGCCACGGCUUCCAGGCCCUCAGUAUAGAGACCCAACCUGAACAACACUUUAUAGCCACUAUCAUCGUUAAACACUACGUCACUGACAUCUGGACUAGCGGCAACAAGAUUAAUAACAGGUUCUGGGUGUGGGCAUCUGGUGUGGCUUCCACCUACACCAACUGGUCCCUUACUGGCAGGCGCGGCGUGCCCCAGCCGGACAACACUGAGGGCAACGAGGACUGUCUGGCAGUUCUCAACAACCACUACAACGACGGCGUCUCUUGGCACGACUCUAGCUGCUACCGCUUCAGACGUGUUAUAUGCGAGGCGCCACAGUUCUACAAAGUGUAAAACAUUCCUUGGGUUAAAUUGACAUGUAUAAUAAAUCUUCGUACACUUCUAUACGUA